GGUAAAAUGAUGUAAACAACCCCAACAGAUUGAUUAGCCAUUUUAAUAAUUUAUUCCGGAACCUUCUGAAUUUAAAAGAAUUCUAGUAAAUAACUUAUUUAAUAUACUGUAUUAGCGAAAGACAAUUUGAGCAAUAUUUUGUACUUCUGUACAAUUUGGAUUCAAAAUGGCAGAAGGUGGAGAAAAUCCAGACAAAAUUGAAGACAGCCUCUCCGCAGGAAAUGAAGAGGUUGAUACCAAUGACAAACCAAUAGAUUUAUCCAGCAGCGCAGGGCAGAAGCGGCUGCGACUGCAGCAGAGCCCCACUUCCAAUCAGACACCGUUUAUGGUUCCACCGUCUCCUCCAAGGUUUGUUUCCCUCGAUGAGCUGAUGGAAGCCGCCAGUGGUGUGAAGAACAUGAGUUUGUGCCACGAGAUUGCCGUUGAUGCUAACUUUGAAAUAAAGAAAGUUGAGCCACCCAAGAACAGCCUGGAAGGACAGGUUAAGGAGAUAAUUCAUAAAGCUUUCUGGGACGCUUUUGAAGCGAAAAUCUCUGAGGACCCUCCAGACUUCAGUCAUACAGUUGUGCUGAUCAAGGAAGUGAAGGAGAUGUUGAUGUCCCUGCUGCUCCCCCAGCACAAUCGCAUCAAGGCCCAGGUCGAAGAGGUGCUUGACACCGAUCUUAUUCAGCAGAAGCUUGACAAUGAUGCGUUUGACAUAUACUACUACGCAGACUACGUGAUCAACCUCAUGGCUAAGUUGUGCGCUCCUGCUCGUGAUGACAGAAUAGCCAAGAUUAAGGAGAUGAAGAAUGUGGUGCCAUUAUUCAAGGAGAUAUUAGAGGUGUUGGACGUUAUGAAGAUGGACCUGGCCAACUUCACCAUACAGCAGAUGAGGCCGUAUAUCCAGCAACAGUCCGUGGACUACGAGAGGAUAAAGUUUGAGGAGUUUUGUGAAAAACAGAGAGCUUCAGGUAUUGACAGUCUGGAGUUGACUCGCCAGUGGCUUGGGCGGACUUUUGAGCGUCUAAAGGAGGCAGAGACUGCAUUGCCGGGAGGGGAAAACCAGGCCUCCCUGGCAACCCCGGCGGCCAUCUUGAAUGGUGCUUACAUGGAGGUGCUGGAAUGGGACCUUAACAGGCUCUUCCCAGAGACCCUAGUUCUUGACCAAGGACGUCUAAUGUCAAUGCGGGACCAGACACAGCGUAUUACCAUGGUAACGUCAGUGCUGCUAGUCACCUACAACACUGUUGGCCAAUCAAUACAGGGGGUCAACGAUCUCAAGGUCAAACUGAAGGAUGAGAUCCGUACCCUGUUGGAUGCAGAUGAAGGACAAGAUCGAUCUUCUUGUUUGGCUGGUAUUGCUGAGCAGGUGACAAAGAACGUUCUAGAGUUCCACUUGGCCCACAGUUUCCCCACCAUGGCUGACACUCAACAGAGAACUCUCAAAGGGCAGAUAACUGGCCUUGCGGACAAUGAAAAUCCAGUCAUCAAUCUAAUGGGAAAGCGGAUCUUGAGCUUUAUCCAAUCAGCCCUGUUUUCCCGCCAUGCCGAGCCUCUGAAAUUGCCCGUGGGAAUGUCUGUCAUGGAGCAGGAACUCUCCCAGCUGUGCGGGCAAUUUCUCCGCAUCAUCUCCCACAACCGGGCAGUGUUCUCACAAUAUUACACGGACAUCAUUAAUGAUCUGUUAGAAAGGCACAAAGACUUGAGUCCUGUUUCUUCAUAGAGAAGGAUUGGCACAUUUCCUUAUCUGUGCAGGCGCCUUGCAGCUGGCCAGCAUUGGGGUGGCGGUCAUACUAUUACCCACUGUAAUUUGAAUUUGAAACUCGCUACACACAUUUGACACUGCCAUUAAGCGAGGGUAUCAAAAGCUCAUGGCAAAGAGUCAUAACCAAUGCCAGCCAUUGCGCCAUCACAGUUUUUUUACUGUCAUCUUGCUUUUGUAAUCUUUGGUAUUAAAACAGUUAGUGUAUUACUGAACACAUGUAUUGUAGGUAAAGAAUUUAAGACGGCAAAAAAACCCAUAAUACAUAGUAAAAGUGCUUCUAAGAUCCUAAACGAUACAUGUUAAAAUCAUAGUCAAAAUUAUAUGGGCAUAUACAUGAGAUUUUUAUGACAGUAGAAUGUGAAAAAGCCCAAUAAACUUUGAACGUUUAAGUUUUCAAGGAGUUUCAGCAUAAAAAAGAUCAACCGACAUUGUUCCCAUCGUUAACUCAUAUGACUUGAUACAUAAAAUAUUAAACUGCUUGAACAAGGAAAAAUACAAAAUAAAAUGGGCUUUGUCUUGUU